AUGUCUACACAGGCACUUGUCCUUACCAACGGACACACUACAUCCAAUAGAUUGGCCAUCAAGCUGUACAGCGACGUCAAGCGGCUUGAAAUCCAUGUCUUUGUGGAUACAUACUCUACAAGCGACCCACUGCGUAAAUCCCGAGAUAUUUCACAGGGUUGUGGUGGUUCCUCACGACGUUCAUUCGCUGGCAACUGCCUUAACGCGCUUUCGGUCAAAUGCGCCCUAAUCAGCCCCUACGUCAUCAUGCAGAUGGACUUUGAAAUUUGCGACAUCGUCCCACAACAACGUUCAAGCGCGGCCGUGGUAGCACAGGUCUGCAAGGGACUACGAAAAUUCCGAGGUACUUCGCCCAUGCUCUGCUAG